UCAGUCCGGGGCAGUUAUAGUCGAGAAGUUGGGCUUGUUUUGUUUAGUUUCCCGCCAUUGCGCUCAUCAGUCACUCAACAGCUGGUUGGUUACCUGGAUGCCGGCUAACCUGUUUUUGUGCCGCAUUAUUGUGUUUGUCCAAUGCCACUGUCAGAGUCGGCGUGACCAGUUGUAUCGUUUAUGGCCCACUUCAGUCUUCAGUCAACAAGUGUUGUUUAUCUAGGUAUAAUAAAACUGUCGUUAAUCAAACUGAGUGGUAGUAAUAUACACGUGUGUGCGGUGCUGAUGUAACUUUUAAUUUCUGUUCAACCUAGCCUACGACAGUCACUGUUACCAUCUCAUCGGGAUAGUGAAAAAACUCUGAUAGUGUAAUAAAAUAGAAUCAUAGUGUCAUGAAAACCAAAGGUACCGUGUAUUGGGAAAAGUGGCGGUAGGCUGAGUUGUAGCGAUGCACGCACUUCCCUACCUCGUGCCGUGGCUCCUGGCCCUGGCCUACACAGUCGACCCUCUCCUCACUUCCGGCGUGUGCCACAGCAUCGAGAUCCGCAACAAGCCCGAGAAACUGGACGCUCUGCGCGGCUGCAACGUGGUGGAGGGCCACGUCAGGAUCGUGCUCAUGGAGAAGAACAAGGAGGAGGACUUCGAGAAGCACUCGCUGCCCGAGCUGCGCGAGAUCACGGACUACCUCAUGCUGUACCGGGUGCACGGCCUGCGCAACAUCGGCCAGAUCCUGCCCAAUCUUACCCUCAUCCGUGGGGAGACCCUGUUCAUGGACUACGCCCUCAUCGUCUUCCAGAUGUUCCACCUGCAAGAGAUCGGACUCACCAGUCUCGUGGACAUCUCACGCGGCGCGGUCGAGAUUGCGAACAAUCCGAGCCUGUGUUACGUGCAGACCAUAUCCUGGGACCACAUCGCUCGAUGGGAUACAAGCAAGAACUAUGUGGCAAAAAACAAGGAUCCGGCGGAUUGUCCAGGCUGUGACGAUGAGUGUCCCCAGGGUUGGUGUUGGAGCCGAGACCAGUGUCAGAUAUCGAACAAGAUCAAACCAGUUUGUGACCCUCUGUGUGUUGGAGGCUGUUCAGGACCUGGGCCCAAGGCAUGUUUCAUCUGUAGCAAGUUCAUCAUCAAUGACGAAUGUGUGGAUCACUGCCCUGUUGGAACGUAUGAGUAUCUAAAUCGCAGAUGUAUCAGUGAAGCAGAAUGUUUCUCCAUGACUCGUCUUAGAAAGGCAACAAAGGAAAAUAAGAGUGUAGUAGCUCCAGAUGUUAACACGUUUAUAACGUUUAACAACACGUGUAUUGAUACCUGUCCUGCUGGCUAUGAGCGAUCUUCAGACUCGAAAAGUUGUGUGGUUUGUCCAGGGGGUACUUGUAGCAAGACUUGUAAUGGGUCCCUUGUUGAGAACAUUGUUACCGCAGAGUCGCUGCGUGGGUGUACUUACAUUAAUGGUUCUCUUGAAAUCAAUAUUAAAAUGGGAAAAUCUAAAACUAUUUCUAGAGAGCUAGAGGAAAAUUUAGGUUCUAUUAAAGAAAUUAAGGGAGGUCUGAAAGUUGUUCGCUCUCCUCCACUUGUCAAUCUGCACUUUCUAAAAAAUUUGACAACAAUCCACGGUGAGGACGGUGAGAACUUUGCGAUAAACAUCAUGGAAAACCAAAAUCUGCAAGAACUUUGGGACUGGGAUACAAAACCAAAUUUUAAAGUACUUAGCAACAGAAUAUUUUUCCACUACAAUCCCAAAUUGUGUAUGCAUCAUAUUUUGAAACUGAUUAAAAUUGCUGGUGUGAAGAAUGUUACAAAUCUGGAAGUGUCAAAAGAAUCCAAUGGUGAUAAAUUUCCAUGUGAUGAUCUCCAAACAGUGGAUAUUUCUGUCUCGCAUAAAACAUCCACCCUUAUUCAGAUUCACAUUCCUUUUGUUGAAGUUUUACGUUUUGAAGUACACUACAUGAAAAAUCCGAGCAGUGAUGUCUCCAUGUAUGAAGAUUUAGACCAGUGCUCCGAUGAUGGUUGGAAGACAGUAGAUGUCUCUGUUGAUGCACACAGAACAAAUUAUGAAACACAAGGUCUAAGUGUAAAUCUAACGGACUUGGAGGCUUAUACGCUGUAUGCAUUCUAUGUGAGUGGUUACUCAACUGAUAAAAUUGUAGCUACUAGUAUAAUUUACAGGGAAACUACCCUUCCUUCGACUCCCUCAGAACUGUUAUCAGUCCAUGUAUAUUCUAACUCUUCCUCUGAGAUAGUGUUAUCAUGGGAACCCCCUUUACGAUUCAAUGGUAAGUUUGAAGAGUAUGAAAUUACUUGGAAAUUAAUAGAUAAAGAUGAAUCUCUUUUGAGCUUAAGGAACUACUGUGAAUAUCCUAUGACUUAUGAGUCGGAGUCUGUAACCGUAAGACCAGUAUUGCAAGAAAAACACCCAAACUCACUUUCAUGUUGUAAUGAAAUACCAUUAACGAUUCAAAAGGAUGGAUUUGAACAGCUUUGUAUAAAUUUUGAUAGAAAAAAAGUACCUAGUAGUUUUCCAGAUCUAGAACGUGGUCAAACAUGUAAAUCUCACUUCUACAACUAUAUAUAUCAUAACGUUUUUAAGUAUGAUAAUUCCAAUGAAAAGACAACUAAGAAUCAAUACAUGAAAAAAUCUACCAAACUUUUUAAAGAUGAUGCAAUUCUAAAUAAGAAAAAGUCUUCUUUUAUUUUGCUACAACCUAAAGAAAAUGUUAAACAUUUGCGAGGCAAUGCCAAUAAUUUUACAAUAAGUAAUGUCAAACAUUUCCAGGACUACAUAGUAACAAUAAAGGCUUGCAGAGAGCGCCAUCCAGUAGAAAUAGAACUCGAUGAUGUUUAUAGAUGUAGUAAAACUGAGAUAGUCGUUGUGAGGAUCCAGAAAGAUGAAGUUGCAGAUUUGAUUGCUGACAGAAUCGAACAUGAGGUUGUAAAUAACACUUUACGCAUUUGGUGGAACCCUCCUGUGCAACCUAAUGGACUAGUUUUAGCAUUUGAAUUACAAAACAGACAGACAGAUUUAAGAACUCCAAAAUCUGUCACUUAUUGUGUUCCCUUCCUUGAAUACUUUUCAAAUAAAAACAGUUAUUCAGUUGUAAAUUUGGAACCAGGAGAGUAUAAAUUCAGAAUUCGAACCAUUUCACAAGCAGGGAAAGGGCCGUAUUCAGAUUAUAUCUCAUUUUCAGUGCCCAGAUCAUUUUUUCAGUUAAAUCUAGUAGUCAUUACUUUACUGAAUAUAAUUCUUGGAUCCAUAAUUGUAUUGCCUAUAUGUAUUUAUAUAUAUGUGUAUAUAUAUCUUCAGAGAAAACAUAAGUUGGAAAACAUAGUUAUUACUUCUACAUGGAACACACACUAUGACAAUCCCCUAGACCAAUGGGAAUUGGAAAGAGAUGACAUUGUGUUUGGAGGUGAAAUAGGAUUUGGAACAUUUGGAAAAGUUUAUGAUGGCGUCUUACGCCCAAAUAACAUUCCUUGUGCUAUAAAAACUGUGAGUGAAUAUGCAAAUAUCUAUGAAAGGAACACUUUUCUUUCAGAAGCUGCUAUAAUGAAGUCCGUAUCUGGAGCGUAUCACAUUGUGAGGCUGAUGGGAGUAGUCACAAGAGAGAGACCUCCGCUCGUGGUAAUGGAACUGAUGGAUUUGGGAGACUUGCGGACAUAUCUGAUAUCACUUAGAGGUACCGACACGAUGACUGGAGAAAUAAAAGUGAGAAUCGCUGCCCAGAUUGCAGAUGGGAUGUGUUUCAUGGAAGCAAAAAAGUUUGUCCAUCGCGAUCUGGCUGCUAGAAACUGUUUGAUCAAUAAGGAACUUACAGUAAAAGUUGGGGAUUUCGGUAUGACCAGAGACAUUUAUGAAAAUGAUUACUACAGGAAAGGUGACAAAGGCCUUUUGCCCAUCAGGUGGAUGGCCCCAGAAAGUCUUAAAGAUGGACUAUUUACAAGUCAGUCAGACAUUUGGAGUUAUGGAAUUGUCUUGUGGGAAAUCCAAACAUUAGGAGAGCAGCCUUAUCGAGGACUAAGCAAUGAACAAGUACUUAGAGAAGUUAUGGGUGGUUCGCUGAAGUUGGAUAUUCCACUUAAUACACCAGAUCCUUUAAAAAUUCUUAUGAGAUCUUGUUGGAGAAAUAAACCAAGUCAGAGGAUAACGUUCAUGCAUACUGUUGGAUUAUUGGAAUAUCACAUUGAUGAUGAAUUCAAAAAUGUAUCUUACUACCAUGGUGAAGAAGCUUGUGGUAUCAGAGAGGGGUUACCAGAUUAUAUAGAUAUGUGGUCUGCAGAAGAUCCAUUGCUUUCUGAGUGCACAGAAGAUAAUAUGGCUGGAUUAUCGAAUUUAAUGAAACAACCACCACACAAAUCUUCAUUGGAAUUAAGAGUUUUUGAAACUUAUGGUCCUACUGAUGAAGACACUGACUUAUAAUAGAUCAUGUUUUCUCAAACACAGACAAGUUACACUUACCAUCACUGAAGUGGCUCAUAAUCAGAUGACAAAAUAGAAGUGUUUUAACUUGUACCUUUUAUAAUAUUGCAAUGAUUUAACUGACUUUUAGUGUACAACACAUUUGACUAAUCUAGUACAAAAGACCAAUCUUUUUUAGCCAAUGUCGUUGAUAAUCAAGUUACUAAGUUACUAAUGAGGCUAUAAGACUAAGAAACACUGACUCUAAGUUUGCCUUACAUUAUUAAAGCCAUAAUAGUUUACUAAGAGUGUGUUGUAUUGUUUUUUAUAACUUAACAAAAUUGAGAAAGGAACUUAUUCAAAUUGAGAAGUCAUUGAAGAAAAAUAACAUCAUACAUUGAGAUGGCCUAUUUUAAAAUACUGAAUCAUUCCAUCACUGCAUUUUUAAUUCCUACUCGCCUCAUUUUUCUUUUCCUCACUUCUGUCAAUGUCAUCUCAGAGUAUUUCUUCCAUCAUCUGUUUCUCUAGCUGCAAUAGUUUUAUUUUCAUCUAAUGGUUUACUAAGAUUGUAUCAAGAUCCAUCCAUCUCUAAUAGCAUCGUCAGUUGCUCCUUCAUAACUUUUUUUGUACUAUUUGUUGCUUGUACUAUUCCAGUCAACCUGGUGUAAUUUUUGGUUCUCCUCUUAAUUUCUUCUAUACAAUUUCUGUAAUAGUUUUUGCUUUUGAGUAGUUGUUUUACUGGUUUUACCUCAAGAAAUAAACAUUAACAUCUUUAAUGCAUAAAUCUUACAUUAUGUUCCUUUCUGCUACAGUUAACAGAUUAAGAUUAUGAUUUGCAAGAUUGUACCAUGAAAAUGUUGUUUUUAUACAUUCCAACCAGUCUAGUAUCAAAUAUGCCUGAGGUAAAAAAUGUUUAAAACACAUUUAUUUGAUAUGAAAAGAAUAGAAACUUUCCCUGAACUUUGAACUUUUAAGUAUGUUAUCAAAAAUCAACUGUAUAGCACAAGAUUGUUUGUUACUUUUGUGGACUAAAAAGUAGUAAUACCCUAAUUUUACUUAAUUAACUAAUUUACCUUCCACAAAUCUGCAGCAAUAUUAUAUUAAGAUACAUUAUGCAAAUUGUUUACUAGUGUUCAGAAAAUCAUCACCAAUACUUCUGAAUUGUCAACUACAUUACCUUACUGAAUAGUGGAAUAAAAUAAGUAACUUUUAACAUUUUGUUUUGAUCCUAGUUGAUAUACACUUUUUAUGUACUUGAAAAUAAUUCUCAAUGAAAAAUAAGUUUAGAACAAAUUCUUGAGUGUAAAAAAAAAUGCUAUCCUGUUAGAUACAACUCUGUAGAAUGUGUCAGAGUUUCAUUCCAAAAAUUAUAACAACUGAAAAAUAAAUAUUGUAAAAAAUUUUUACAGACAUUUAUUAUGUUUGGAAGAUAAACAAUAAUCUGAGGGUUGUACGUGCCAAGUGGUGUAGACAGUUAAUUAGAACGAUAUAUCCUCUUAAGUGAAAAUGUAGUAACAUUCGUCACUUCAACUAAUGUGAAUUCUGCUUAUAUGUUUUACUCUUAUUAAUAAAUUUGUUGUUCCUAUUUAAUAUUUUAAGUUUGUUAUGUAAGUUCCGUUGGAAUUUAAUCCUACUUCCAACACAUUGUUUUAUAUUGCAGAAUUUAGUAACUUGUUCUUAGUUUAUAAACCAAAGUUACUUCCAAAGAAAAUUUUAAUUUUUCUACCUCUGUACGUGUCAUAUAUUUUUAUAGCUUUUAAUGCAGUAUGUAGUGCUUUAAUUAUUUAAGGUAGUGAUAUUCCUUUCACAAAGUAAUUUGUUUCACAUUAAUUUUUUGCAUUAGUUUUUUUACAUAUUUAAAACUGCUAAUAAUGAGAUAAACACAAUUGCAAUAACACAGUUUUCAUGUUUUAUAUGUAGCUUAUAUUUUGUAUUAUUUGGUUAAUUAGAAAGUAUAAAUUUAUUUGAGUUAUUUGUUCAUGCACAUGAUAUUACACACGUCUUGUCCUGAUUUAAAUUGCAUUCAUCACUUGUUUAUAGUCCCAUCUAAACUUUUAUAGAUUCCUUCAUGUGCCUUGUAAAAUCUUUAACGGUAUUCUUGUGGCUGUGUAUUUAAACUUAAGAUUAGUUUUGUAUUUUUUAGUUAUCAUAUUUGAUAUUUUACAUUUACCAACAUAAAGGUUCCUCAAAGAAUACUUUUUAAUUUUUAAUUGUUAAAUUUUGUAUGGUUUUAUAAAUAAAUUCCAAAUAAUA